AUGUCCGACAAAACGUCAACUUCGGCCACCGCCGAAAAUAGCAUCCCCCUUUUGGCCCGGGACAUUGAGGCUCAAGAUGGAGGCAAAGACAAGGAAUAUGCCCCCGAGAUGCCACCAGCAGCGUCAGCUCCCACGAAGCCAUCCCGGGAAGCAAAGCGGAACUUUCUGGUCUGGACGGCGCUCAACAUGCUGGCCACCAUCGGUAUCGUCUUCACCAACAAGGCAAUCUUCAAUGACCCAGCCUUCAAGCUAAUGCAAACAUCAUUUGCAUCUUUCCACUUUGUGUGUACCGGCUUAACGCUAUGGGUUGUAUCACGCCCUAGUAUUGGGGCCUUUGUCCCAAAACGCGCAGGCAUUGUCGAGAUGCUUCCUCUUGCAUUCUCCAUGUGCCUGAAUGUUGUGCUCCCUAACUUCUCCCUCGCCUUUUGCACCGUUACAGUUUACCAGCUCUGCCGUGUCCUACUCACCCCGUUGACCGCCAUAAUCAACUACGUUUUCUACUCGGCCACCAUCCCCCGGAGAGCGGCUUUAGCUUUGGUUCCUGUUUGUAUUGGCGUUGGAGUAACCAGCUACUACGACACGAAACCCGCGGGCCCAGCCACCGCUGAUGGGCCAGUGCAAACCACCAGCUUAAUUGGGGUUAUCUUUGCCCUCUCGGGUGUAUGUGCGUCGUCAGCUUACACUGUGCUCAUCGGCGCCUACCACAAGAAGCUCCAGAUGUCCUCGUCGCAGUUACUGCUUAACCAGGCCCCGAUUUCUUCCGUCAUGUUAUUAUUCGCGGUCCCAUUAGUGGACCACAUUCCCGUUUUGGUCGAUGUACCACGGUACCGCUGGCUAAUGAUUCUCAUGAGUGGCGGCUUUGCGGCGCUGAUUAACAUCUCGCAAUUCUUUAUUGUUGCUGGUUCUGGCCCUGUUUCAAGCACGGUGGUGGGGCAUUUGAAGACCGUGAGCAUUGUGACUAUUGGGUGGGCGUUGAGUGGGAGGGGUCUGACGGAUAUGGGCGCCUUCGGGAUCUUGAUAACUGUUGGCGGCAUUGUCUAUUAUUCAUCUAUUAUGCUGAAUAAGCCAAAGGCAUGA